CCUCGCUAGUUUUACGUGCCAUGACGUCACGGAUCGGCACACAGUCCCAUAUUCACGAGCAUAGUAUAAUACCACUGCAAUUGUAUACGCAUACGCAUGUAUAGUGAGAGAAAAUGGAUCGAUCGUCGCCGGAAAACCUCAUACUCGUGACCCGAGACCCGACCGGGAUCGCGCACGUGACGAUCAACCGUCCGAAAUCCCUCAACUCGCUCACGAAGCCGAUGAUGACGGACCUGGCGCGCGCGUUCAGGUCCCUGGACGCCGACGAGUCGGUCCGGGUCGUGAUCCUGUGCGGGUCGGGCCGGGCGUUCUGCUCGGGCGUGGACCUGACGGCGGCCGAGGACGUGUUCAAGGGGGACGUGAAGGACGCGGAGGCCGACCCGGUGGCGCAGAUGGAGCGGUGCAGGAAGCCGAUUGUCGGGGCGGUCAACGGGUUUGCGGUUACGGGCGGGUUCGAGAUUGCUCUUGCUUGUGAUGUUUUGGUGGCUGCUAAGGGUGCCAAGUUUAUUGACACUCACGCUAGGUUUGGAAUAUUUCCUUCGUGGGGUCUUUCUCAGAAGCUUUCACGCAUUAUAGGACCCAACAGAGCUCGUGAAGUGUCUUUGACAGCGAUGCCCUUAACUGCAGAACAAGCUGAGCGGUGGGGUUUGGUGAAUCAUCUUGUUGACGAAAGCGACUUGCUAAAGAAAGCCCGCGAAGUUGCAGAGGCUAUCUUAAAGAAUAACCAGGACUUGGUGUUGAGGUACAAGUCAGUUAUUAAUGAUGGCCUCAAGCUGGACCUGGGUCACGCCCUCGUAUUAGAAAAGGAAAGGGCUCAUGAAUAUUAUGAUGGAAUGACCAAGGAGCAGUUUAAGAAAAUGCAGGAAUUCAUAGGCGAUCGAAAGAAACCUCCGUCUAAGCUCUAGGUUUGAUCGUUUACGAAAUUUACUUUUCUUGUACAAUAAAUCUGGCGGAAAGACGCAAAGUUGAAGGAAUGAAAAGAGAUUUAUGGUUGCGGUGGCCCAAUUCUGGUAAAUGUUUUAUGAAAUGCAAUGAUGCUGUGUUUUGCCAUCGAA